UUCCAAUAUAAUUACUUUUAGAAGUUCCGGGUUAUAUAUUUAGCAUAUGCCAAUGCUGGUUAAGAUAAUGCAACUGUCACAAAUGCCUUUACUGAAUUCAAAGAUUCUGGUUUGGGCUGCUCCAGUCAGCCAGCUGGUGGAAAUGGCAACACGGGUUAGUGUGUUUCUGAGUGGGCAGGAGUAGUGGGCUGUAGGGGGUAGGUGGGUCUUCGAGGAGGCGGUCACGGGAGGGCAAGUAAAUCUUUCGUGCUCCUCAAGGAUUUUUAAGAAGUUGGCUCAACAACGACAGCCACAGUGCGAUCUGAAUAUAUAGAAACACUACAUCGACGCAUCUUAUUUAAUUAUAUUAGCGCAAAAUAGUGGGCAAAUUAUUUAUCUUUCAACUGGUGGUUAGCUAACUACAGAAAUCUUCGCUCCGCAUUAUCAUUGAAGUUAAAAUAGUAUCACCGUGAACGGAACUGCAGUUGCAACUCUACUUUUUAAGAAAUUAUUUUAAGGGUCUUAUAAAUGCAACGCUGUUUAAUAUAUGAGAAGACAAUGGCCCCAGAGACAAGGAACGGAGGAAGUUCUUCCCUGAAUAACAACAAUGGCAAAGACAACAGCGGGAGAAAGUUACUUGUCGGUGUGGAUCUCUUCUGCUUGUUUUUAGCUGGCCUGCCUUUCCUCAUCAUAGAGACUAGUGCUGUACAGCCCUACCGCCGAGGCUUUUACUGCAACGAUGAGUCCAUCAAGUACCCAGCCAAACACGGAGACACCAUAAGCGAUGCUGUGCUUUCUGCUGCUGGCAUUCUAAUCACCAUCCUUUCUAUUAUCAUUGGCGAGAGCUACAGGAUCUACUACCUGAAUGAGGGCUCUAAAUCCUUCGUAGGGAACCCCUACAUCUCUGCCCUGUACAAACAGGUGGGCGUGUUCAUAUUUGGCUGUGCCGUCAGCCAAUCGUUCACAGACAUCGCCAAAGUGUCUGUUGGCCGCAUGCGCCCCCACUUCCUGGAUGUGUGCAAGCCGGAUUGGUCCACCAUCAACUGUUCCCUAGGUUACAUCACCGACUACCAAUGCAAUGGGCCCGAGAGCAAAGUCCAGGAGGCCAGGAAAUCCUUCUUCUCAGGCCAUGCCUCCUUUUCCAUGUACACCAUGCUAUAUCUUGUGUUCUACCUGCAGUCCAGGUUCACCUGGCGUGGAGCCCGUCUCCUGCGCCCCUUGACCCAGUUCACACUCAUCAUGAUGUCCUUUUACACCGGCCUGUCCCGCGUGUCCGACCACAAGCACCACCCCACCGAUGUCCUGGCUGGCUUCACGCAGGGAGCCCUGGUGGCCUACUGCAUAGUGUAUUUUGUAUCGGACCUGUUCAAGCCCAACGGCAGGAAUUCAGAUCUAUCAGCAACACUGGUGAAGAUCUCCACCAACCCCAUGUCAGACAUCCGAGACCGGAGCAGUCACCUCACUAUGGCAUAGCACGGACCACCACAGUCGAGUUGGCCACCACUUACUCCGUCUACUGGUCCAAACUGGAUGUUCGACAACCAGCUAAAACAGCAAGACUGAAACUGACAUGUCUAUAAGGCACAAAGAAAAUAAUGAACUAUGGAGAGCUAUAGAGAAGAGGGUUGUUUUAAGCACACUCACGUUGUGCCUUUUUAACAGUGAAGAACAGCCAUUUGUCGUUCUGUCUCACCUGAUAUGUGAAUGUGGAAGUGUCGGGGGAGAGACUUCCUAUAGUGUUUUAAUUACCCAAGGUCUAUACCACACCGGGUUGCCUAGGAGAUUGUUUCACAGACAGAACCACGAAGGACGGAGAGAUGGAAGCGAACAGCUGUGGAACUUGAUAAUGUCUGCCUUGCUUCAGACCGGCUAAUUAUACCAUCACACACAUCACACACACAUAGCAACAUUGGUGGGGCAAA